CAGAAAUAUCGUAGUCGAAAUGAACUUCGUUGGCAACCAAAGGACAUGAAGAGCAUGGAACGGGCGCCAAAGUGAUGUUAACGGCAGCGCCUGAACACGGUCGCGCUCUUCCCGAGAGCUUCCGUUCUCUUGACGAGAUCAAGUCUUCAAGGUUGGCAUGCGUUUCGCUGCAGUUGGGAUUCCCAGAAACGGCGGAGUCAAAAUGCACGGGCGCCAGCAGCCCUCGCCCAAGAAGCCCCGCGCGCCGGGACUCCGACGCACAACAACCGCGUCCAACAGCACGUCGCCGCGGGCGGUGGCCAAGCCGGCGCCCGACACGCUGCGACGCGACAACAACCAAGAGCGGACGGGGGGCAUGGAGCCGUUCAAGGUCAACCCCAUCUUGGAGGCGACGCAGCCAAACAAAUACAGACGCAAGCGCACCGACCUAAAGCCGCUGGCGGGCGGCGCCGUGCACCCCAUCAUCCAAACGAGUUUGGAGGCGGACCGGCUGGACCAGCGCCUCUCGAGCAUCAAGCUGCAGAUCGAUCACGUACUGCUCGGCGGCCACCUGGCAGAAGAGCCGUCGCCAUGCAAGCCCAUCGUCGACACCCGGCCCAUGACGACCGAGCCGUCGCCUGUCUCGUUCAAGUCGACGCUGCUACCGUCUGCGAACGCGCCAGGUCGCGAGAUUCUGCAGGCGCAGCGAUAUCUCUGCGCCGACGCCGAGGUCGAGCACUGGCUCCAGACGUACGAGGCGGAGAAAGGCCAGUUUACGUCGUUUGCGCUCUUCACCGAGUACAAGCUCGACCAGCUCACAAACUUCACGGCCGAGGCCGGUCGGCCGAAUGUCAUUGAGACAGCCGCUUGCUUUGCGGCCCUGUACAAAAUGCCAGGCAUCCUCGGCAGCUACAAGUCGCUUUUGCAGAAGAUUGUGAUCGGUCUCGAGUACAGCAUCUACGGCUCGUCGCACUUUGGCGCCAAGAUGGACGGGCUGCACUUUCACAUGGCCCAAGCGUCCGAGGCAGCGCCCAGCGCGAUCGGCGACGUUGUGCGGUCCUUCUACCAGCGCAAGCCCUUCUUCGUGCAGCUCCGAGAGCUCGAGCACGAUCAGGCGCUGACGUCGCACCUCGGGCUGCCCCGACGCACCACUGUGCGCAACCUCACGGACGCUGACAAAGUCCGCGUGCUCGAAGUGUGCUCGGCAGACCUUAUUGAACGCGGCUUGCAACGGUUCCCCGACGACAUCCGCAAAGCUCUCGGGCGCAAGCUCGCUGGCCAAUCCCGCCACGAGCCUUCGGACGCGUCGUCGUCGACGCCGUCGCAGAUUUGCCGCCAGAUCCUAGCGCUCGCCAAGGUGCUCGACACCGACACGAAGGGCAUCGUCGUGGCGGGUCUCCUCGAUGAGCUCAGUCUUGUCGAGCGCACAGAGGCCAUUCUCAACACCCUCGGGCCGGAAGGCGAAGCGCUCGUCCUCGCCAACAUCCUCGGGCGCGACGAGGCGCAGCUCGCGCGGAUCCGCGACUCGCUCGUGUUUGUGGCCGACCCCAUGUGUCUCGUGCACAUGUACUUUUGCAGCUCGCCCGGCUGCCGCGCCGGCUUCUUGGAGGUCGCCCUCGGUGCUCGCCACGAAUACGACUUCCUCAACGACCUCAUGUCGGCGCUCUCGCCGGACCAGCGCCGCCAGCUCGCCGAGGCGACGACUCCGCGCCCCGUGUCCGCGACCAUGCUCACGCCGCGCCGCCUGCACGAGGCGCUGACGGCGUUGGCAGCGUCCCCGACGCCGUUUGCGCCGCUGGAGCAAAAGGCGCUCUUCCACGACGUGUGCAAGCUGCUCCAGACGUGGACAACCUCCGAGCACAUCAAUCUUGAGCACUUUGUCAUUGACGCCGUCUACUCCUCGAUCGUGUCGCGCGACGGGAAGCUGCGGCUUCUCAAGACGCUCCUUAAGGGCGACGGCGCCAAGACGAUUGUCGCCGACUACCUCGGGUCGCUCUCGCUCGCGGACCGUCUCGCGCUGGACGCCCAUAGCCUCUUUCUCCUUGAGCCGUUCAAGAAACACGUGGCGGGAAUGACCAACGAAAUGCGACUCAACGUGCUCUUCGCGACCAUGGAGGCCAUUGCCAAGGACCUCGAGGCUCACGGCGUCGACCUCGAGACGGCCAAGCCCGUCAAGUCCAUCCAGCGCUACGUGCGCGAGCUCUUUGGCCUCGCCGUCAGCGCAGGCGGCAACCCCGCAGCCCCUCGCCCGUCCGUCCACCCUGCCGCGCCCGCCGCCGUCCUGUCCUCUGCCACUGUCCAGGCCGCCGUCGUUCCCGCCGUAGCUCCGACUGCCCCGCCAAUCGAAGCAGCACCGACUAGUUCGACGUCGGCGCCCCAUACGCCGCCGCACUUGGUCGAGGUCGGACAAACUGUUGCGACGACGCUCGAGGUCUUGCGUCAACUGGAGCCCGAGGCGCGGGCCACCAUUUUGCAGUCGCUCGCCGCGUCCAUGCCCGAGGUCGCGCCGAACGGCCCGCGAUCGCUCGAGAUGCAACUCGUGUCCGGUCUCAGCGCCGAAGACGUGGCGCAGCUGCUGCAACGGGCGAUGCGGCGCGCGUCCACGUCGACGUUCGAAGCCGUAGUCAGCAACGUCGUCGCCACGUACAACGCGACGGGCCGAGCAGAGUUGCUCGACGAUAUUGUCGAGGGCGCGUUCGGCGCCAUGCCACCGACCGAGUCGACGGCGCCAAAUGCGCGCCACAAGCUGCUCGCACUGCGCGAAAUUUCAGACCGACGGGUGUCGUCGACGCCCUCGACGUCGCGCGGUCUCCGGCGCUUUAGCGACAGCACGCUCCACGAACGCGCGCUGCGAUCGUUGCCCGAGGGCACGGCGAGCGUCGCGUGCCAGACCGACGACGACGGCGCCGCGCUUCCCGCGACGGCAAGUGGCAAUGGGGGUGGUGACGACGACGACGAGCCGGUUCAAGUGCGCAAGGCGCCGCUGACGGUGAUUGCGCUCCUCAAGAAAUCCAAAAACAAGAAGAAGCUCGACAGAAGCGUCGUGCCCAACGCGUUCGCGUCGCUCGUCACGUCGUGGAAGAUCAACUCGGACCAGCUCGCGCAGUACUGCAAGAAGCCGCUCGGCGUCGUCCUCAAACUUAUUUCGGACGUCUACGCCGAGAAGCUCUAUCGCCGGAAGCGCGAGACGAAGCCGCUCAAGGCCAACUCGCUCGCGCGCAUCUGCUACCAGACGCUCCUGCACGCCUACGGCCUCCCGUCGAUCGCCGACAUGCACCUCAUCGCGCUCGGCGUCGCGCUCGACCAGUAUCGUAGCGACUGCCUCCGUGUCGACGCCUUUUGCAAGUUUGUGUACCACGAAGUGCCGGCCGCGGAGCUACGCCACUACCUCAACUGCCUCGAGACGCUGCUCGAGAUGGACGUCGACGACGACGCGCCCAAGAAGGGCCGCGUGUCGCGGCUUCCGGUGCCCGACCGCGCCGACUGGGACAUUCCGCUGGAGCGUGCGAUGGACGCGGCAACGCACUGCCUCGCGUCCAUGCGGCCGGCGGCGAUCGCGGCCUUUCUCGAGAAGCUGCUGCGUGGCAAGAGCCCGCGCGCCGACGUCGGCGACGAAGUCGUGGCCGCCGAUGUGUUUUUGGACCUUGUCGUGGCCGAGUGGCGCGACGAGCAAAGCCGCCGCGAAGCGCACUUGCGCGACGCCUUCCGCGCUGGCGACAACAACGGCGACGGUGUUUUGAGCUUUGCCGAGUUCCAGCGGAUUGUGCUCUCGAUCGACAAGCGCCUCGACGACGCCGAUGUCCUCCUCCUCUUUAGCGAGACCCUCCGGCGCACCGGCAGCGACUCGAUCGACGCCGAGACGUUCCUGAGCGUCGCCAAAGAAAACGGCUUGGACGAAAAAGCGUGGAUGGCCGACGACGACCUCGGCGCGACCGUCAACUCGCUCGCCGACCUCAACAUGGUAGUGCUGUGUCGAAAGAUCUUAUGUUUUCAAUGGCUCUAGGUCUGGCCGUCGCUGCGCCCGUUCUUUGUGGGAACGCUGGAGGCGCUGGCGCGCGACUGCCCGAAGACCCACGCAUUGCGCAGUUGCCAAGGCGCGGGCUGCGGCUGCCUCAAGUGCCUUGUCGAAGGCUACGCCGGCUUCCAAGUGAUGCGCGGCAGUCCCGGCGAGCACACUGUGCAAAUGGUGUGGAAGCGCUUCUGGCACUUGAUGAACCAGUUGUACGAGGCGACUGAGCAGUGCGGCGGCAUCAUUACCCCGUGGCCAGGCGCUCCGCCGAUCCGGUCGCUGCCGGCUCAGCCAUUGGCGCCACGCAGCAACGACGCGCGCCGCGAUGCGCUGCCACUGCUACUCUUGCCGGACGUGGCUCGGAUAUCGGGCAAAACGGACCAAACGACCGAGUAUUUCACGGAAAAAGAGGUGCUAGCGAGCCUCGAAGCCGUGCUUGGACGAGAAUAAAGAUCACGCUAUAUUACAAAAGGACACCCAGACAGAGUUUUUGUACACGAC